AUGUUGACAAUGUUUAAGAAAUCACAAUUUAAUACUGAACAAAUCUUCUUCUUCUUCUUCUUCUUCUUCUUCUUCUUUUUUUUUCUUCUUCUUCUUCUUGCCACGUCCCUUCAAGUGUUCUGUCUAUCUCAUGGCUUGCAGCUCUUAAUGACUCUCACCUCUAACCCCCCUCUGUAUCGUAAUCUCUCUUUUUUUCUUUCUGUACGUCCCUAUCUCUCUUUUUGUUUCUCUCUCUUCUUCCCUAUCUCACUUUUUUCUCUCUCUACGUCCCUAUCUCUCUUUUUGUUUCUCUCUCUACGUCCCUAUCUCUUUUUUUCUCUCUCUACGUCCCUAUCUCUCUUUUGUUUCUCUCUCUACGUCCCUAUCUCUUUUUUUUUCUCUCUCGUCCCUAUCUCUCUUUUUGUUUCUCUCUACGUCCCUAUCUCUCUUUUUUUUCUCUCUUCUUCCCUAUCUCUUUUUGUUUCUCUCUCUACGUCCCUAUCUCUUUUUUUUUCUCUCUCUCCGUCCCUCUCUUUUUUCUCUCUACGUCCCCUAUCUCUUUUUGUUUCUCUCUCUACGUCCCUAUCUCUCUUUUUGUUUCUCUCUCUUCUUCCCUAUCUCUCUUUUUGUUUCUCUCUCUACGUCCCUAUCUCUCUCUUUUUUCUCUCUCUACGUCCCUAUCUCUCUUUUUGUUUCUCUCUCUACGUCCCUAUCUCUCUUUUUGUUUCUCUCUCUUCUUCCCUAUAUCUCUUUUUGUUUCUCUCUACGUCCCUAUCUCUCUUUUUGUUUCUCUCUCUACGUCCCUAUCUCUCUUUUUGUUUCUCUCUCUGA